UAGGAGUUCUGUUCUAGAACAUAGUGGCGAAGAGAGAACUGGCCUUCAGCACCCUUGACCCUGUCCGGAAGUCUCCCUCCUCUUCCCCAUCUCCCAGGCUCGUUGCUGUAACGUGUCCACAUGCCCUAGUUUUUGCACGCUGUGUCUUGACUACCUCUUGGGCUGGAGAGACCAUCAUGCAGACAUCAGAGACCGGGUCGGACACAGGUUCGACAGUGACUUUACAGACAUCUGUGGCUAGUCAAGCAGCAGUGCCUACGCAGGUGGUGCAGCAGGUGCCGGUCCAACAACAGGUACAGCAGGUACAGACAGUACAGCAGGUACAGCAUGUCUACCCGGCGCAGGUGCAGUACGUGGAAGGAAGCGAUACCGUCUAUACCAAUGGAGCAAUCCGAACAACAACUUAUCCUUACACAGAAACGCAGAUGUACAGCCAAAACACUGGAGGGAAUUACUUUGAUACCCAAGGGAGUUCUGCGCAGGUGACCACCGUGGUUUCGUCCCACAGCAUGGUGGGCACUGGUGGGAUUCAGAUGGGCGUCACCGGAGGACAACUCAUCAGCAGUUCUGGAGGGACCUAUCUUAUUGGCAAUUCCAUGGAGAACUCCGGUCACUCAGUGACACACACCACUCGGGCCUCCCCGGCGACAAUUGAAAUGGCGAUUGAGACGCUGCAAAAGUCUGACGGUCUGUCUACUCACAGAAGCUCUCUUCUCAACAGCCAUCUCCAGUGGCUGUUGGACAACUACGAGACCGCGGAGGGAGUGAGCCUUCCUAGAAGCACGCUGUACAACCACUACCUACGACACUGCCAGGAACACAAGCUGGACCCAGUCAAUGCUGCUUCUUUUGGAAAACUAAUAAGGUCAAUUUUUAUGGGGCUACGAACCAGGAGAUUGGGAACUAGAGGAAACUCCAAAUACCAUUACUACGGGAUCCGCGUCAAGCCAGACUCCCCUCUCAACCGCCUGCAAGAAGACAUGCAGUACAUGGCGAUGAGGCAGCAGCCCAUGCAGCAGAAGCAAAGGUACAAGCCUAUGCAGAAAGUGGAUGGGGUUGCGGACGGCUUCACCGGAAGUGGCCAGCAGACAGGCACGUCUGUUGAGCAAACUGUAAUUGCCCAAAGUCAACAUCAUCAACAGUUUUUAGAUGCAUCUCGAGCACUUCCAGAGUUUGGAGAAGUUGAAAUCUCUUCUCUGCCAGAUGGUACUACCUUUGAGGACAUCAAGUCACUGCAGAGUCUGUAUCGAGAGCACUGUGAGGCAAUACUGGAUGUUGUCGUGAAUCUUCAGUUUAGCCUGAUAGAGAAACUGUGGCAAACAUUCUGGCGCUAUUCUCCCUCUACUCCAACCGACGGCACUACCAUCACUGAGCCAAGCAAUCUGAGUGAAAUAGAAAGUCGACUUCCGAAAGCAAAGCUGAUAACUCUGUGCAAACAUGAGUCUAUCCUGAAAUGGAUGUGUAACUGUGACCAUGGGAUGUACCAGGCUUUGGUGGAGAUUCUCAUCCCCGACGUGCUUAGACCUAUUCCUAGUGCCUUGACCCAAGCCAUUCGAAAUUUUGCAAAAAGCCUUGAAGGUUGGCUUUCCAAUGCCAUGAACAAUAUCCCACAGAGAAUGAUACAAACCAAGGUCGCCGCUGUAAGUGCCUUUGCCCAGACUCUGCGAAGAUACACGUCGCUCAAUCACCUGGCCCAGGCAGCUCGCGCAGUGCUUCAGAACACUUCUCAGAUCAACCAGAUGCUCAACGACCUCAACCGCGUUGACUUUGCCAACGUCCAGGAGCAGGCCUCCUGGGUGUGCCAGUGUGAUGACAACAUGGUUCAGAGACUAGAGACGGACUUCAAGAUGACUCUUCAGCAGCAGAGCACCCUGGAGCAGUGGGCCGCGUGGCUGGACAACGUGAUGAUGCAGGCGCUGAAGCCCUACGAGGGGAGGCCCAGCUUUCCCAAGGCUGCCAGGCAGUUCCUGCUAAAAUGGUCUUUCUACAGCUCCAUGGUUAUUCGGGACUUAACCUUACGCAGCGCCGCGAGCUUCGGCUCCUUCCACCUGAUCCGUCUCCUCUACGACGAGUACAUGUUCUACUUAGUAGAACAUCGUGUUGCUCAGGCCACAGGAGAGACACCCAUAGCGGUCAUGGGCGAGUUUGGUGAUUUAAAUGCUGUAUCUCCCGGAAAUCUGGAUAAAGAUGAAGGCAGCGAAGUGGAAAGCGAGAUGGAUGAAGAACUAGAUGACUCUUCGGAGCCGCAAGCCAAAAGAGAGAAAACCGAGCUGAGCCAGGCAUUUCAGGUGGGCUGCAUGCAGCCCGGCCUCGAGAGCGGCGUGCAGCCCGGCCUCCUGAGCCCUAUCCACAGCGAGCACAUCGUCACGAGCAGCCAGACUAUCAGACAGUGCAGCGCCACGGGAAACACGUACACUGCGGUCUAAGGAAUAUUAAAGCGUAUUUUUCCAGCUCACAUUACCCCUGUUGCUAUAUCGGGCUUAAGGUGAAAUUUUAAUAAGCCUGAAGGUCGACUGUUGUCAAAUUCUAUCUGUGCUGAACAUUACCUUUUUGGAGUUGUGAAAUGGAAUGGAUGUAUGUAUUUUGCCAGGUCUUUUUUUUUUUUUAACAAAAAAAAUCAUUUGCCUAUUAAUAAUAAGGUUUUUUCCUUUAGUUUCAGGUGUCAAGAAGGAUUUUUACCACACUUAAUGCCAAUGUGUUUGUUUUCUGAUAAUUAAAAAGUAAUUUACAUUUUUUGUAGCUUAAAAUAUUUUAUUGUUGAUUGUUAGUCUUGGUGUAUGAUUUCAUGUGAAAGUUUUUAAUUAGAUGCACUUCUGUGAAAUAUCAAAAGAAAUGAAUUUCUUUGAUUUACACUGGAGGCAUGCCCAUUUGGCAGCAGAUACAUCGAAUUUGCUUUUGAAAGGUGCUUUUCAUUGGACAGAACCACGAGACACAAUUUCGGUAACACUUUGGUGUGGAGAGAGAGUACAGAGCGUCUUUAUCCUAGUGCUAGAGGAUUGGGCAGGUCAUCUGUUUUUCUCCGGAGGGGGGAACAAAUGGAGCUAGUGCAUUUAUCUGUUCAGAGUAAAUGACAGGACUGCAAGAGAUUAUGCUAAUAUGUACAUAAUUUGUGUACAUAAUUAUUAAACCCUAUUCACGCAAGCUUCCGUUAAACCUUGAAUUUUAACUGUUAUUUGCAUACCAAUUCCUCUGUUUAAAGACUACUGAUUCUGUAUUUGGGACCACUGCACAGACAUACUCUGCUGUCAAGUGGGGCUGUUAUAGUUAGUUACUGAAGCUGAAAAAAAAUGACUUGACUUUUUUUGGUUUUGUUUUGUUUGUUUGUUUUUUUAAGUGUACAUGCUACUUAUGCUGAACUGGACAUACAGGAAACCAUUCCAUUUGGAUGACUUUCUUUUAUUCCAGGUCUUUUUCCUAAUAGUAGUUCACUCUGCUGCUAUUAUAAAAGAAAAUUUAUAGAACGCAAGGAAUGUAGCAACCUGCAUAUCGUUAUUUCCUUUAAAACUAUUUCCUGGUUUCUGAAGUGUGUGGAUUUUACAUUUAAACCGAACCUGAGGGCAGUGUAGCCGGCUCCCCACACUGUUGCUUAACCCCAUUUCUGUAGGAUUUGGAUAGGUGGCUGGACGGACCAGUGCCAUUGAAGAAUGUACAUCAGGGAUCAUCGUACCUCGGCUAUUACAUGGUGCCUUAAAACAGAACUGAAGUUAAGGUUUUAGUAAGGCUUAUUUUGUUCAUGUGAAUUCCUCCGCAAUCCAUUUGACAAGGUGUGCCUGUCCCUUUCAGAGUCCCGAAAUGAGGACAGGUUACGUGCUCUUCAAAGGAGAUGUAGGGCGAACAAAAGCAAAGCAGAAAGACAAAACUCAAUUCCCCUCUCGGAGUGCCCGCGGACGUACUUUUUGUUCAGAGAGCUGACUUUUAUGACUUGAUGACCCAUCAGAUUGCAUAAGGGCGUGGAACAGCGGACUGGUUUUUCACUACCAACUUGUCAUGUACCAUCACCAGUGUCUUAGGCCGUUUUUAGCUAGUUCUCAUGUAAGGAAGUUGACAAAAGAGGCAGGUACUUAUCGAAGUGCAUCUUGUCAGUCUAAACGUUUGUGUCUGCGUCUUGGUGUCUGUGUGUCCACAGCACGCACGCGUACCUGUGGGCGGGAGUCAGUUACAGAGUCAGGUGAGGUCCUAGACAAGACACACCCCCUCAGUCCCAUGUUAAUUGACAUGAAAAGCCAAGUUCUUUUAAAGACUUGAGUUAUAACAACAACAAAAACAGGCACAUCCAUUCAUUUUAACCAUUUUUGAAAAGCUGAUCAGCAAAAAUAAUACAUAAACACAUAAAGCCAAAAAAAAAAAAAACAAGCAAGCACAACGUGACUUAUAGAUUGUUAAUGAGUCCCAUGUUAAACUCAACAUGUUUAUCUUUCCAGUUUUAUUGGGGUGGGGGCGGAGGAUUGGAAAGAAGAGGGUGAGCCAAUCUGUAAAGUUAAAAAUACCAAAUGGCUUAUCGGGAACUUCGCAAGGUGUGCUUUCCCUGCAGGUACCUGAUUGCCUCACACUGUUCACCUAAGGCAGAUCAACAACGUUUCGUAAGGAAACUUUAAAUGUUGUAGAUUAAUUUUUUAAAUGGACUCAACUUUUGUAUGACUCAACUCACUCAUAUAUUUGAAAAGUCUUCGGGAGCAUUCUACCGUCACCUCACCCAAAUAUCAUUCAAAUGACCAUCCCCCUCAUUUUUCUCCUGAAAAGAGGGGAUAGAUUUGUACCAUCGCACAAAAAGGCAAACACACAGAACACCUGCGCCACGAAGAGCCCGCACGUCUGUCUCAUUGUGCGUUAGGGAACGUUUCCAGGCGGAAUUAGUUAGAACCGUAGGAAGGAAGACCCCCUUCAUUUUCACUCUUCUUUCUGAGAAGCUUCUUCACUUUCCUCUCCCGAUCCACCAGCCCUAGACCCGGGCUCCAUCUGUAUCGGACCAAACGUAUUUGCUGCUUUCAUCUUGUUUAUUGAAUGGUUUUAAAUGUAUUUAUUAUCACUGUUUAAUGUUGGGUGUCUUUGUAUCAUUAGAGGAAUCUGAUCACAAUGGGCAAAUUUAGAUUGAUGAAAGGUGGGGAUUGGGACCCUCCAGGAUUCAACAUUUCUUCCACUUGUUGAUGGUUUGAAUGAAUGAUUCUUAUAUUUCAGCUUGACUCACUAAAAAACGUUCUGAACUCCUUCACGAACACGGGAGCGUUCAUCUGUGGCAAGGGCAGAUAGUUUUGACUAACAGACAAGAGAGCGUCUUCAUUCUUUUCUACUUCUGAUGAUCUGUCGUCCACAGUAAGACAGUAUGUGCCCACGUCACGCACAGACAUCUCAACCACUCUUGAGUUGGCAUUGUGAAGUAGAUCAGAGCAUUCAAACCUCAUGAUUUGUACGUUUGUGGAUAUCGGAACAAUCCAAGUAUUGCUUUCCUUUGACAUUUCAUUUUCUUUUUUUUUUUAAUUCAUUGAAACUGUGACUUUUCUACGUGAUAUUGACACUAAUACUCUCAGAGUAGAUUUAUUGACAAGUGACAAGUCUACAUUGUAAGGACUUCUUAACAUUUCUUGACGUUGUAAUCAAACCACUAGUCUUGGAAACUGUCUACACAGACCAAGUGCUACAUUUUCAGCGAGGAAAAUGUAAGGAAGGCAUGUUGGCUAUUUUUAAGUUCUAGAAAAGAUACUUCCGUAUAAGAGGAUUGCGUCUCAUGGGUAUGGUUUGAUCUUCACUUAUAUACUUUGAGAAUCAUAACCUGGAAGGUUUGCGUUCACGAAGCCAGUGAACAAGGGGGUGAAGUGGGGCAACCGUAUCCUCGGAACACAGGGCCCCAUUUUAAAGAUUUUCUUUGGAUAGCAAAUGGCUGGUCACUUUUUCAGGAUUCUCAUCCAGACCAUGUUUGGACUUACUACUUUAAGUCUUACUGCCUUUUCAGAAAUCUGCUUUCCUUUUUGUGCUUUUUCUUGUACUGUAUAGGACGGUUCACGCACCUCUCUUUAGAUGGUGUACUUUAAAAAACAAAAGUAAAUUUUAGAAAAUGGUUUUAACACUGCAAACCUAAAAUUAGUAGUGUGCAACGUUGACUGCCUUUGAUUUGUAGUGGAUGAGUAAAAAUGAACAUGUUUCUUGUGGAAGACGCUGUCAAAGUCAUCUGGGAAUGGCUAUGGUUUCAUUACUGUAAUCAUGAACCUUUUUACAUGAAUGCACUCUUGCGGAGUGCUAAACAUGAUGCAUUUUCAAGUUUGAAAAAAUUCCUCAGAUGAUAUAUUUGAAAUGCCUAAAACGAUGCUGUGCUUGAGACAGUAGUGUAAAAGGGGGGGAGGAUGCGUGUCACUGUGAUGUUGGCCCUCCCUGGUAGACACGAGUAGAACAGCUUUGGCAAGUCACCUUCCUGUACAAUUUGAGGCAGAGUUAGAUACGGCAAACUGACCUUUGUUCCAACCUUCUCUCCCCCCAAAUUCCUGGUGAGAAAACCACUCUCAGAAAAUCGAAAUCAGGACUCAAUCACAGCAGAACUUGGGGGAGAGAGAGGGCUUGACAUGCAGUGCUAUGAAAAUUGGGCUUGUCACUCGAUCAGAUCAACCUCCAUGUGUAUCAAUGAAUGGAAUCCUAGUAUUUCUGCAAGUUUGGUGAUUAAAAAAAAAAAAAAACUGGAAUAGAAGCAUUAACUCAGUGCUUAGUUCUAGUAUUAGAAAACCCCUUUGAUGUAAUGCCUUGUAUUAACCCUUUGAGCAUUGUAAGGUAUACAAUGGGGGACAAAAGCCUUUCAGAUCAUUUAUUUAGAGUUAGACCGGUAAAAUAGACUCUAUAUCCAAAUGUCUAAUUAUGCUGUUUUUUUAGAGGGGGGGAGGGGGAGGAAGAGAAAGUGUUUCCAUGCUGAACACUUGCAUUUUAUAUACAACUCUUAAUUUUCUUCUUCAAGAGGGCUUGAUAUAUUUAUUCCCAAAUAUUCACUGCCAUCUAAGUAAGUGUACUGUUUACAGAAAAAAAAAUCAACUUUUCUAGCCUCACUUCAUGACUCUAGAAAAGGGAACCGAUCAUGGGCCUGUACACCUGUGUCAUAACUGAUCUCUGCACAUUGAACGUACCUAGAUUGCCUUUAAAAGGUAUGAUAAAGAAAGGGUUACAUUUCUUUCUUUUUUUUUUUUUCCCCAAAACAAAACAAAAAGAUCUCGUUAAUUUAGCUUUAGAAAGUACAGUUAUGAAGCGAAGCCUUAGGAAGAAAUGAGUUCCAGUGGAUGAAGCGAAGCUGAACUCGUUGGGGGCAGGUAAGGUCUUUGGAGUUAGAUCUCUCAUAAAAUAGCAUUUGGGAACUUCAUACAGGGCAUAAUCUUAAUCUAUGCUCCGAACCUUUUACCACUUUGUCAAACAAUUAGACAUAGAUAGAAUGGAGAGCAAAGCACUUGACUUUCAGCUCAUGUGUCCGGAAAUGCCAUGGCGGCUGCUUCUGAGACCCGUAAGUGCCAGCCCGCCUGUACGCUGCCGACUUGGCUCAAGGGGCGCUCUGCGUGCACCUGUCCCCCUCUGUCCCCCGCGCGACGGAGCCUGAGAGCAGUGUCGUCUGCAGAUGUGCACCUGCGGCCCUAGCCGGGCGCGCCUCAGAGUGCUACCUAUUCCGAUGUCUGGUGAAGGGACAUCCAUAGCCUAGUGCAAGGUCACCGUGAACAUUGCUUUCUUUAGACGGUGUAGGAAGUCAGACCAUGCAAAUUACUCAUGUGUUAACACGCAAUACUCAAAGGGUUUUAAGUUAACUCUCUUCUUUUGAAUUCUUCAUGAUGAUUUACUGUAAAUGCUUCUCAGUUUGCAUGCUCUGAUCAUUGCUGCUAGUGAUUUUAUGUGCCAGUAGACCUGAGUUUAGUUUACCAAUUUUACUUAAAUAGUAAAAGCCACUUACAAAGUGACUGCCUAGGAUUUCUUUUUUUUUUCUUUCUUUUGUUUGGAAUAAUUGGUAAUACGUCUUAAUUUUCACAAAUGUGUUUUGUCUCUUCUUUUAUUUGGUUCUGGUAUUUGAUUCUUUUCCCCCCUCCUUCUUUCGUUUGUUUUUUAAAUAAAUUAUGAUGUUGGGAUUGGAAGCCCUGAGUAAUGAAAUCUUUGGUAAGAAUUGUUACGUAGCUUGAUAAUGAGGACAGCAAAUCUUUGUGAGAAGAAUUUUGAUUCCGAGGGAGGAAGGAAAAAAUAAGAACUCCCAUUGACUGUUGAUAACAGAGUAAAUUUUUCCUUCAAUGAAUUAAUAGUUUUGAACGAAUGAUUGCCUUGUUUUAACCUGCUAAACGCAAUUUUAAAUGACCCAAUAAAGGAGGUAUUGAAUUUUAUUCGUUUGAAAAGCAUCUUUUGUACCAAAGCAAAUUUUUUUCUCUACUCAUCUCCAUCAUCAAUUGGGACCCUAUGGUGGUGACCAAUGCGUUGGUUACAGAAACUUUAAGUGAGUGCCUUGAGAAAACUUGGAAAUUUGUGCCUGGGGUGGUAAACUUUUAAUUAGGUUAAUUGUAGUGCUUACCAAUCAGUAAUUCUCCUAUCACUCAGGGCUUUCGUACCUUCUAGGUAAAACUUCUUUCAUUGUGUUUUUUUUUAAAAUACUGUACUUUUUUUUAAGUGCCAUCAUUUAAAUUUCACUUAGUAAGUGGCAGAUUACAUUAUUCAGUCCCACAAGCACAGAUACAUAGUAACACUAGGAGAUAUUUGAACAUUUAUUUUACAAUCGACUGAAUAUAUUAUGUAAAUGAGGUAAGCAACUUUUGUAGAGAUUGUAUGUGUGAGAUAAUGUAAUGUUCUUUUCCAGUUUUUGGACUACAGUUGAAUAAACUUUUUAAUUAUUUAAAAACAUCUUUACCGAAUAACAUGUGAUGGUUUUUUGUAUAAUGUAUUUGAUUUUGUAAAUACGUAUUUCCUGAUGUGAUUUUUGUGAGAAAUGCUAAAUCUUUUAGUAUAUCAUGUCCUCUCAAAAUUGGCAGGAGCUAAGUACUAGUUUGCGGGCGAUUUGUAUUGUGGACUGUACAGUAACUGGGGAACUUUUAUAAUUAUAAAAAUAUAUAUUAACUUUUA